AUGGGUGGUACAUUAAGAAGGUCGUCUGUUAAUAAUACCGGUAGCGUACGAGGAAGGAUAUUUGAAAGUUUGUCGACCAGUGUCGACCAUCCAACUUCGUCGCCGGCGGAAAAUGAAGAAGACGAAAUGAUUGGAAGCGGGGGUCGAAGGUUGUUUGUGGCAAAUCCUGAUCCAGAUUACGAGA